UUGAGUUCUGGCCUCAGUGCCGAGACUUUUUCUCCCUCUACAAGGAGUCUUAGGAGCUGUGGGGACCUCUUACCGGCUUCUUCUAGUUUAUUCUUAGCACCUUGCUUCUGUAUCCCUCGGGAAUGCCACUGAGCUUAUGUGUCUGGUCUCUGGGAGCUGAGGUGGAUGGGCAUUUGUGACAGCACUAUGGGACUGAAAAGCACUCUCUUUGUGACGGCCCUCCUGCUCUCUGGUGCUGUUGCUGCUGUAAAGACUCAGGCUUAUUUCAAUGAGACUGCAUAUUUGCCAUGUCAAUUCAUAAACUCUCAAAACCGAAGCUUGGAUGAGCUGGUAGUAUUUUGGCAGAACCAGGAAAAGUUGGUUGUGUAUGAGCUAUACCAAGGCAAAGAGAAAUACGAUAAUGUAGAUUCCAAGUAUAAGAGUCGCCACAUCAGCUUUGAUGAGGAAAAUUGGACGCUGCAGCUCCACAACGUUGAGAUCAAGGACCAGGGCGAUUAUCAAUGUUUCAUCCAUCACAAAAGUCAUAAAGGACUUGUUCCGAUCCACAAGAUGAGUUCUGAACUGUCAGUGAUUGCUAACUUCAGUCAACCAGAAAUACUGGAAGAUUCUAAUACAUCAAGCAAGUCCUACAGAAACUUGACUUGCUACUCUGUACAAGGUUACCCACACCCUGAGGAGAUGUAUUUUUUGCUAAGAACUGAGAAUUCGACUACCAAGUAUUCUCCUACCAUGCAGAAAUCUCAAGACAACAUCACAGAACUUUACAAAGUUUCCAUCAGCUGGUCUUACUCAGGCUUUCAUGAUCCCUCCAAUAGGAGCAUCACCUGUGUCCUCUGUGUCCUGGGGAUGUGUCUUUUCUCCAAACCUUACAAUAUAGUGCCACCUAAGACACACCUACCUCCGAAAGACAACAUGCUAUGGAUUGCUGCCCCUUCGCUGGUCAUUGUUGGCGUGAUGGUAUUCUUUCUAGCACAGUGGAAGAGGAAGAAGAAGCAGCCUGACCUCUCUCGUGAACGUCAUGAAAGUGAAACCAUCAAAAUGGAGGGCGAAGAGAGCAAAAACGCCACGCACCAGCAAGUCCCGACCCUGCAACAUUGUUGAAAGAGAGUAGAAGCCCACGCACUUGAAAGGUCUGAUGAAGAAGCCCAAUGCAUUGUUAGCAUCUUGAAGACACGCUCUUCAGAAGACAAUAGUGCUACACAGUUUUAAUUAAAGUGUAAAGUCCAUAUGAGUAUUCAGUUUUUAUACCCUUUCCUUUGCAAGUUUCUAGCCAAUCUCUUUGUUGUCUCUCGAAAUGUUCCCAGAAGACAAGAAAAUAUUACCAUUACUAAUAGUGGGGCUCUAGGCCUCCCUGUAAGUGAAAUAGCCUACUCAUAAUGCCAGCUCCUCUCCCUAUGCCAAGAACAAACCUGAAUUCUCUAACUGCUUCUUCUCAUCUCAGAGCAUACUUGAGAGCUAAGCCCACCCAAAUGGUUCCUGGCCCAGGAAUAAUGCUUAGGACCAAUGCCUCCUUUGAAACUCUAGCCGCCUGUCUUAGUUUUAGAAAUUGUGAUUGUAUGUAAAACUCCCAUUUCCUGAAAUCCUGACUUUUAUUUGCCCUGAAUUCUAAGGUGGUGCCUCAUCUCAUCUUGUAUACCUGGGACUGAACAACUACCUCUUUAGUCUGGAUGGGAGUUAUGUCUUGUACGGCUUUCUGGUUGUCAUGUUAAUAUUUUGAAAUACAAAGAAACCUGUGCUAUAAUAAUCACUGUGUACUGGAGAAAAGUCUACCUGCUAGGGUUAGGCUCUGUGAGGAAAGUGUGCUGGCAGCAAUGAACGGACCAACUCCAAUUCGGGAAAUUAAGAGACAGAGAUAGAACCAGCUCUGGAUUCUGGAGCCAUUUCUAUCUGGACUAUUGCUGAUAUUGAAGGGAUCCAUAUACCCAGCAAGCUACUAAUAAGCCUUAGCAGAGAGCAAUGAAUCAAGCAGGAAAGCACUAAACACUGUGAACCUUAUUUCUGUUCUUGAAAAGAUGACUGGGAUAAUGGUCUGAGGCAACUGUGCAAGAGUCAAUAGAGACAUCAAAAUACUCAAAAGAGAAAGAGGGAAAAAGAAACAUCUCAGCCAACAGAGACGCCCAUGAAAUGGCCAGUCCUUCUAGAAGACUUGGAACAAGCAACAGAUGGACAGCCUAUCCAUAUGGAGUGAAGACAGCCAGCAAUUUCCCUGGUGGUCAGUGAGAGAAUUUGAUGAUAACCAAGUUACUGUUUUGUUUUAUCUGGCUGGAAGCAGAGCUGGGGAGAGAGAGCUAUCAUCUUGGUAAUGGGAUAAACAAAGAGAGGCUUGGAACUCUUUCAAGUAAUAGUGGAGAGAGAAAGAGCUGAAGUGAGAACCCGAAGGACCGGGACUAAAAUCAUCCAGAGGCUUGUUUAGCCUGUAUAUCCUGAGGAGAUACCAGUUGGAGGAGAUACUGGUGGAGGACUAGCGAAUUUGUGUCUGAGAACUGUUUCUGCUCAAGACAACGACAGUAAAACUGAGUGCAGGAGAUGGAUAUAGUAGCUCAGUAGAAAUGAGUUAGGAAGCCCUGGCUGUAAGGAGGCAUCCCUAAGGAAUGGAACAGCCUCAGUCUAAACCUCCGAGAACUUCGGGAGGCACAAGCCCUAUGAAGCUAGGGAAAAUGACCCAAUCAAGCAAGGGAACACCCAUGACUCUGCACAUUUCAGAAGGCCUCAAGAAACGGGAGCUUGGUGUGUUUAGGAGAAUUAGUGCUGUGAUGAAACCUUUUAGGAUAUGGAGAACCCAAAAAUGCGGAGAGGGAAGAAGAGGAGGAGGAGGAGUCCUGAAAGAGACAUCUUCUCUCCUCUCUGGGAAAGAGAAGUGAACUGAGUUCUGCUUGUCUCCCAGGGCCGCAUAUUAGGGUUACAUUAAAAGCUUCAGCAGAUUUCUUCAGAGCUUAGCAUGGAUGGAAUUAACCAUUUUAUUUGAUUGACAGGUGGAAAGAGAAGCACUUUGGGUGGAGAAAUUGGCUUAGAAGAAAAAAAUCACUCAGCCUCAGAGAUUUGGGAACCUCCAUUUGAAAAACACAUUUGCAAACCAAAAUCCAGAUUUAAAAGUUGGAAACAAGGAGCAUUAUGCGCAUGGGCCUGGAACUCUGCCCAAUGUUCAAAGCCUAGAUAAAAAGAUUUCUCCUCCACCAAGCCUUCUGUGUUCACCCUGAUGGAGGGAUAAUUCCCUUUUUUCCUCAUCUGAGUUUAUAUAAAAAGGGAAAACCUAUUACAUAAAGAAAUAGUUCUUUUUAUUCCACCUAAAGGGCCCUAACCAGUUGCUGUGGAGUCGAUUCCUACUCAUGAUGAACCCAGAUGUGUCAGAGUAGAGCUGUGCUCCACAGGCUUUUCAGUGGCCGAUUUUUCACAAAUAGAUCACCAAGCCUUUUGUUUGUGGUGUCUGUAAAGGUCCCUGGAGGGUUGUCAACUGCUGUGUUAGCCGUGCUCAGCCUUGUAAUAUCGCCAUUUGUGUGCCCUGUCCCUGCCUUCUUUAGACUUCAAAAACCUUGCUGGUUCCUACUAUGUGUUGUACAGAGUAGUUCUCAAUAAAUUUUUAUUAAAUUGAUUUAAAAGUCUACACUUUCUGCUUCCACUUCAACAGUACUCCUCAACCCUUGCAGCCUGCUGCUGCCCCCUUGGUCCUCCUCCUAUUACUUCCUUCCUCUUAACAUCUCUAUGGUAGGCCCAUUCUCCAGUCACCCUGGCUUGGAGCCUCUGAAUCAUCCCAAAUUCUCUCCUCCUUCCCCUCCCUUUACCCUUGUUUAGGAAAGGGGGCUUAUAUGCUUCUAUAUGUUUAUCUUAAUAAUGAGACAAAAAAAAUCCAGUGAAAGUGGUAUGUUCUGAGGACAA